CAAGAUAAGACGAGCGAGGCAAUGCAGAUUUGACGCUGCUCGCCUCACUAGCGAUUCCUGGCUUAUUAGCCUACGCUAGUGUUAUUGAUCAUAUUCACGGCUCCCCGACGGAAGAAAUAUUCUUAAAAUUCCAAUCUGUUAUAAGCAAGUGGUGCCAGCCAGGACAAUAUUACAACAUGCUGCACUAUUAGCUGCAAAAGGAUUGUGACGUCACAGUGCCUGCUUCCGGUCAGAAUUCAUAAACAGAUCAAAAAUGGCGGAAGAAGACAUCUCAGAAAUAAGUGCGGAAAACUUGGACGAAAAAAUAACAUUUGGUGUAAAUUUGAUAGAGGCAGCACUCAAAGAAUUGAAUUUCAUUCAACUUGUCGAAAGUAAUAGCAAAUUCUUUGACAAAAAGUUCAUCCAUUUCGCACUUCAUCGCUACGAAACUUACUGGCUCCCUUUAGCAGCAGAAAAUGAGGACAAAAUUCUGCCAGCCCCCUUGGAUAUCGAAUGGGUGUGGCACUGUCACUUGUUGUCUCCCCUUAAUUACGAAGAUGCAUGCCGGGAAAUGUUUGGUCAUACAAUAGACCACAGGGUUUUGUCUAGUGCAGAAAGGGAUAAAGAAAUAAUAGUUUCGAAGAAUCUUUGGAACGACAAGUAUCCGGAUGUUCCGUUUGAUAUGGAAAAUAUUCCGGAAGUUAUUCCAGAAUAUGAGAGUAAAAUUUCGUAUGACAUAAUGGCCGCUGCUCAGCGUCAACGUGUUUUUAACUAUCAAGUGUCCUUGCCACAUUUCAAGGACAGGAAAUACUUACAAGAGGCAGUAAAUCGAUAUAAGAAAAUGCUCUAUUUGAAAUUUAAAAAUCCAGGUGUGUUCCUGGUUCCAUGUUACGACAUGGACCUUGUGUGGCACGCGCAUCAACUACAUCCGGUUCGUUACAAACAAGAUACAGAAAAUGUGCUGGGGAAGCUAUUUAACCACGACGACUCUGUGAUUGAUAGAUCUCCUGGGUCAAAGUUGAACAAAGCAGACGAUAAAACACGAGAGCUGUGGAAAGAGGUCUUCAAAGAAAAUUUUUCAAAGGCUGGGGCGAUGUACCGCGGGGAUCCACCCUAUGACGCUUUAGAUCCGCCUAACACGGAGGAAGUUCGCAAGUUCUCAACCAAGACUGCAAACAUUAACCUUGAUAAUGUAGAAAUUGAAGGACUUCCAGAAGAGUUGAAAAAAUUCAAAAUCAAGAUACAUCUUAUGGCAAACGAAAAAGAAGGGCUGCAAGUCGGCGCUCUUAAAGGACCAAACAGGAAAUGGGACAAGAAGAAGAAGUUGAAUUUUACAUUUGACACAAAAUUGUAUAACACGAUUAAGUUCACACUUCUUCAAGUUCAUAAACCCCUCUGUGUCUCUACUUAUGAACAGUUAGGACAGUGUGUUUUGCAGAUGCUUAGCCACGUUGAGAACGCAUCUUCUGAAAACGAAACAGAGAUUUCUGAAACACUGACUCUUGAUGAGGAACACGGCAUUCGUAUCCAGCUCAAGGCUUCAGUUAAACUGAUUCCAAAAACAGGCCCAUGUCUACUUUUUCUGAAAAACGGAAAUUACGACAAUAGAAUUUGCAUCAUGCCUGAACAUGUCAAGCAAAUGUGGGGACCAAUUCCCUUACCUAGGCUACCAACAGGAAAAGACAACCAGUGCAUCGUUGCAACACACAAGUUUGUGAAUCAUAAUGGGGAUUUGACCUUCACUUGUCGAGUAAUUCACAGUCUCCCUCUACUAAUGUCGGCCAUUCAGGUCUUUUAUCACGACAGGAUGGCGGCUGUAGCUCACGUGAUCAGCACAGACCAAAUACCUUUGUCAUCUGAAGUGGAUGAGCCGAGAAGCUUUCCAACCAUUGUCCCUCUUUCUGGACAACGGUCUCUUCUGAUCAAGAACAAGGAGGGAGAUUGGGGAAUUCUAACGGGGCAGUGGACAGGAUUCAGAAGGGGCAAGUCAGGCGUACCAGGUGGUAAACAUCGGAAGGGAAGAAAAGGCGUUCCUGGAAGUCCUGGGACAUUAAGUAUUCGGUUCUUCAAGUGUACACGUAAUAGCUGGAGUGAAUUGGCCCUACCCUACCUAGAAAACGUGUUCAAAUUUCACCUUCAUGAGACUGAUGUUGACUUACAACAUGGCGUCAUUCAGAUAGUGUCUGAGAAGAAUGAGAUUGCAGAAAAUCUAGUGUUGGCAUUUGGAGUGGCUUUGCUGCACGUAUUAUGUCAGCCAAGACCUAUGACACCGGAAGGAGAAGGUGCAACUGCAAUAUCCGGGACUCCUAUCAGAGGCUCGAAGGAAAUAAAGCACUUACCAUCGGAAGACCUUGGACUCGUCGUGGCUGCAGGGUACACAGAAAAAACACCAAAUAACCAGUACAUAUAUAGAAAACAUGGUGCCGAAGGAGCUUCUGGAUCUAAAACCGACCAAAAUGGCGUGGGUUAUAUGUAUGCCUUAGAUCCCAUUGAUGUUAUGGAGACCACAGCAGAUGAGGCACCAACAGGAGAAAAUAAUGCAGAUCCAACUGAGGAAAUUCGACCUGCUGCAGAGGACACGCCUGUCGAAAACGGAGCAGAUGGCGAUAAUCAGACAGAUAUUCCGGACACAGCCGGAUGUGGGGGUUGUGGUGGCUGUGGAGGUUGUGGCGGGUCGUGUGGUAGUUGUGGAGCGUGUGGUGGAUGUGGCGGCUAAAUAUUGACUUCUCAAGGUUAUUUUAUGGAUGAAACUUAAAUUUACCACAAGCUGAAUUUCUCAGUUUAGAAAUGUGAAUUACAUGUACUUAGGUAGAAUUUUCGUGCUUUAAAGGAGCUGGAGUCUUUUGUACGUCGAAAAAGUUUAUGCAUAACUGAUUCAACCAUUAUACAUUGUAUACAUUUUUUCCCUUUUUGAUAUUUUUUUACUUCCAUAUUUACGUAUUUUUUCUUUACGUUGAGUUUACAUUUAAAUUAUAAUUGUAGAGGUACAUGCAAUAUGCAUCUUAAAGAAACAUUAUUAUAUAUGUUAAUAAUAUAUGAU